CUAAUCCAGAAGGUUUGGUCAUACAAAUUUUAUAUCGACCAUCUAAAUAACUCAUUCAUUCCCUAUCGAGAGCUAAGGCAGCAGGCACAUUGCUUAGAGCAUCCGCCUUCAUUAAAUUCUGCUCUCCUUGUGAACAGCUUUGGACUUUCUUUUCUUUACAUCUUUCUUUGGAAUUGUUCCUCUUUCCUUCUCCUUCCACACAACAUUUGGAUAGAUAGAUACGCACUCAAUACGCGAGUUGAACACGGAAAGCGGUUUCUGGUUUUAGCUGACGGCUACUUUGGUUGCUCUUGUUUCUGUUUGCUUGAGGUCGGACGGCUGCUACGAAACCCUCGAGGGAGGGAGGGAGGGCGAGGCGAGGCGUCGGCAUGGCCGGCCUGGAUCCGAUCAAGUACGCGCACAGCCCAACGCACAAGGCCGUGCUCGCGCGCGAUUACUCCGGACUCAAGCGCGUGAUCUCCGCGCUGCCGCGCGUGGCGGACGCUGCUUCCGUACGCACCGAGGCGGCGUCGUUCGCGGAGGAGGAGAAAGCGGAGGCCGUCUCCGCCGUGAUCGACCGCCGCGAUGUUCCUGGUAGGGAGACGCCGCUGCACCUCGCGGUCCGCCUCGGCGACGCCGCUGCGGUCGAGAUGCUCAUGGCCGCCGGCGCUGACUGGAGCCUCCAGAACGAGCAGGGUUGGAGCGCGCUGCAGGAGGCCAUAUGCGCUCGGGAGGAGAGCCUCGCCCGCAUCAUCGUCCGCCACUACCAGCCUCUCGCCUGGGCCAAGUGGUGCCGCCGCCUGCCGCGGGUUGUCGCCACCAUGCAUCGGAUGCGGGACUUUUACAUGGAGAUCACCUUCCACUUCGAGAGCUCUGUCAUCCCUUUCAUCUCUCGAAUCGCCCCUUCCGACACCUACAAGAUCUGGAAGCGGGGGUCCAAUCUCCGGGCCGAUAUGACUCUCGCCGGAUUCGAUGGCUUCAGGAUUCAACGAUCUGAUCAAAGCGUUCUUUUCCUCGGCGAUGGAUCUGAGGACGGGAAGGUUCCGCCUGGGUCCUUGUGCAUGAUUUCCCACAAGGACAAGGAGGUAAUGAAUGCUUUGGAUGGGGCUGGCGCGCCAGCCACAGAGGCAGAGGUCCAGCAAGAAGUCACUGCGAUGUCUCAGACAAACAUAUUCCGGCCAGGACUUGACGUCACCCAGGCAGUCCUUCUUCCGCAGUUGACAUGGAGGCGGCAGGAGAGGUCAGAAAUGGUUGGACCUUGGAAGGCUAAGGUGUAUGACAUGCAUAAUGUUAUGGUGAGUGUGAAGUCCCGCCGGGUGCCAGGGGCAAUGAGUGAUGAAGAAUUCCUCUCUACCUGUAAUGAUAAUGAUACAGAAAUUGAAGAGUUUGAUGAUAUUUUGACAGAAGAGGAGCGGAAUCAAUUAGAGCAUGCUCUCAAAAUGGAAUCACCUGACAUAAUUGAUGAAUACCAAUCAGAUGGGCAUGUUGCUCAUCGUCAUAGUUGCUAUGAGGCCAGGGAGAUUGAAAUCCAAGAUGUAGAUAGUAGUAGUAGUAGUAGUAUUUGUGAGAGUAGGCAGGAUAGGAAAAGUUGGUUUAGUAGUUGGGGAAGGAGGGGAAACAAUCAAAAACAAGAGGGGCAGAAGAAAGAUAUUCCUCCAAGAAGCUCACUUUGUGUGGAGGAGAAAGUUAGUGAUCUCCUUGGUGAUUCUCCGUCUCAUUACCAGAGUAGACCAGGAAAGCACUCAGUAGAGGUUAUUAACAAGGGGGAGGAUGUUAAGAGGGGAAAGGACAGGGAUUCAAAAAAGUCAGGAAUGAGUUCUGAAAAUGGAUAUCGCCGCAAAGAGAGUAGCAAAGAGAGUGAGUAUAAGAAAGGUCUAAGGCCUGUUUUAUGGCUCUCUCCUGAUUUUCCACUCCGGACUGAAGAGCUAUUGCCAUUGCUUGAUAUUAUGGCAAACAAAGUCAAGGCAAUUCGUCGUCUAAGGGAUCUUCUCACUACAAAGCUCCCUCCUGGAACAUUCCCAGUCAAGAUUGCCAUUCCAGUUGUUCCUACUAUCCGCGUCCUGGUUACUUUCACUAAAUUUGAGGAGCUACAGCCAUUGGAAGAGUUCUCAACGCCGCCUUCUAGUCCUGGGAGUCAGUCCCCUGAAACACAGACGUCGAGCUCAUGGAUUCGAUGGAUAAAGGUACCCUAUCACCAAAGUAACUCCAUAAGCUUAGGACCUAGUAGCCGAGUGGAAGAUAUACAAGAUCCUUUUGUGAUUCCACUGGACUAUGUGUGGAUCACUCCUGAAGCUAAAAAAAAGAAGAUACAAGAGAAAAAGAGCAAAUCCAAGAAAGGAAAGAGUCAGACGUAGUGAAAUUAUUGUGGAUGGAAUCUGAACUGAUGCAUUUGGGUAAGACUAUCCGUUGGAUGCAUAAAUGUAUUUGAACACAAUUGUUAAGUUUGUUUUUAAAAGAUUUCAAUGGAUAGUCAUGUACAAUAUUAGGUGGUUAUAAACAGAUUUGAUAAAUUUGUUGGACUAUUGUUUCACCAGCUGAUUGUGGCAAUACAUUAAGAGAACAUUUCAAAAUGUCCUUUCCAUUUUUGUAUUUUUAUUA